UGUCUACGCCGGAGCCCCACUCGCUGUCCCCUCGGAGCGGGCUCGAGCUCUGUACGGAUCAAAACGGUCGGUCAGAUUUCCAUCUAAUAAAUUUCGAAUCUACCAGAGCGGGAAAGAAAGCAAGAGCGCAAUCACUACGUCUCUCCACAUCUAUCUCUUCCUCCGUUUCUCCACCUCUCUCAGCCAUGUCGAAAUCCAAACCCCUCAGUCUCAACGAGAGAAACGAGCGUCUUCUCGGCGACUUCCCCUCUCAAAGCCGCUCAUCUAAGGCCGCUCCCCAUCUUUUUCCAGCAGUGAAAAAAUCUGUCAAGGUUAAACUCCAAGGCAGGCGCCGCCUCUGCAAAUUCUCGUCGAAUCCCACUGAAGAAGACGAAGAAGAGUCCAACGGUCUGAUGGACUCUCCUCCUCAGAUCAGGGACAUACUCAACGAUCUCAGCUCCAGGCUUGAAACUCUCUCCAUCGAGAAGAAGAGAAUCCCCCAAACCCCGAUGUCUUCAUUUUCCUUAUUGUCUGAUUCCGAUUAUGCUGCUUCUCAUUCUCCGAAUCCGUCACUGCAACCGACACCUACUAACAUCAGUGAUACGACGGCAGAAGUGAAAGAAUCUGUGGCGGUUUCUUCCCUCCAUUCCCCUCUGGGUUCGGAGGACGAAGAAGACUGCGUGAUUUUAAGCGGAAAGGGAUUGGACAAAGAAGCCGUGCUGGGGGACGAUGGUCGUAAUGCCGUCUGGGUCGAUGACGUGGAAGAUUCAGUUUCUGAGGAUGGAGAUUCUAUCACGCUGAGUGGCCCCCUGCUGACGUACACACUUCCUGGUAGAAUUGCAAAGAUGUUAUAUCCGCAUCAGCGUGAUGGUCUGAACUGGCUUUGGUCUAUUCAUUGUAGGCGGACCGGAGGGAUUUUAGGUGAUGAUAUGGGCCUGGGGAAAACAAUGCAGGUCUCAGCCUUCUUGGCAGGACUCUUCCAUUCGGAUUUGAUUAAGAGGGCAUUGAUUGUAGCCCCAAAAACACUUCUUGCUCAUUGGAUCAAAGAAUUGUCAGUUGUGGGGCUUUCUGAGAAAAUCCGAGAGUACUAUGGAACUUCUGUAAAAACACGUCAAUAUGAACUUCAAUAUGUACUUCAGGACAAAGGCGUACUUCUCACCACAUAUGACAUUGUACGGAAUAAUUCAAAAUCCUUAAGUGGUGAUUGUUACCUGCAAGAAGAUGCAAGUGACGAUAGCAUCACAUGGGAUUAUAUUAUACUCGACGAGGGACAUAUCAUAAAGAACCCUAACACACAAAGAGCCAAAAGUUUGACUGAGAUACCUAGCAUUCAUCGAAUCAUUAUAAGUGGGACACCAAUACAAAACAAUCUAAAGGAGCUCUGGGCCCUGUUCAAUUUUUGCUGUCCAGAAAUUUUGGGUGACAAAAAAGAGUUUAGAGAAAGAUAUGAGCAUGCAAUUCUACGGGGAAAUGAUAAAAAUGCUUCUGAAAGAGAAAAGCGUGUUGGCUCUACUGUUGCUAAGGAGCUACGGGAACGCAUCAAACCAUAUUUUUUGCGUCGCUUAAAAAGUGAAGUAUUUCUUGAAAACGAAGGAACAAAGAGUGCAAAACUUUCUAAAAAGCAUGAGAUGAUCGUAUGGCUUAGAUUGACUCCUUGCCAGAGGCGACUAUAUGAAGCUUUUCUGAAGAGUGAGUUGGUUCAUUCAUCAUUUAAUGGGUCACCAUUAGCUGCUUUAACGGUUCUAAAGAAAAUAUGUGAUCAUCCACUUCUUUUAACCAAAAAAGCUGCAGAAGGUGUACUAGAAGGAAUGGACGCAAUGCUAAAUCAUAAAGAGCUUGGUAUGGUCGAAAAAAUGGCCUUGCAUUUAGCAAACAUGACUGGUCCUGAAGAAACACAUCAAGUGCAUGACAAUGUGUCAUGCAAGAUUACUUUUAUUGUAUCGUUACUGGAGAACUUGGUUACCGCAGGACACAAUGUGUUGAUCUUUUCCCAAACUCGCAAAAUGUUAAAUCUCAUUCAGGAAGCAAUAUUAUCAAAGGGCUACACAUUUUUACGCAUUGAUGGUACCACCAAAGCUUUUGAUAGAGAGAAGAUUGUGAAUGAUUUCCAAGAGGGUAAAGGGGCUUCUAUCUUUCUCUUGACAUCUCAAGUUGGUGGUCUCGGUCUUACACUCACAAAAGCAGACCGUGUGAUUGUGGUUGAUCCAGCAUGGAAUCCAAGUACGGACAACCAGAGUGUCGAUCGUGCAUAUCGCAUUGGGCAAAACAAGGAUGUUCUUGUUUACCGUCUAAUGACAUGCGGCACCAUUGAAGAAAAGAUUUACAAAAUGCAGGUUUUCAAGGGAGGCCUAUUUAAAACUGCAACGGAGCACAAAGAACAGACUCGUUACUUCAGCAAGAGAGAUCUUCAGGAGCUUUUUAGUCUCCCAGAACAGGGAUUUGAUAUUUCACUUACUCAACAGCAGUUGCAUGAAGAACAUGAUUGCCAACACAAAAUGGAAGACUCUUUGAAGAGCCAUAUAAAAUUUCUGGAGUCUCAAGGUAUAGCUGGAGUUAGCCACCAUAGUCUUCUCUUCUCUAAGACUAAACCAGUACAGUUGGUGCAGGAAGACGAGAGAGUGGCUAGAGAAAUGGGUGCUAUGCGUGUGGGCCCAUCAUCAAGCCUUUCUUCACUCGAGCGUGAUGUGGAUGGGGCCAAGUAUGCAUUCAAUCCUAAAGAUAAGCAACAAUGGAGAAUAGAGACUGAAAGUGCUCUGAAAGAAGCAAAAGCGGAGGAAAUUAAGAAGAGAAUUGAACGCAUGGGUCAGACUUUGGCCAACAAGGCUCUGGUUUCAAAGUUGCCGGAUAAAGGAGAGAAAAUACAAAGGCAGAUAGUUGAAUUGAAUUUAGAACUUGAUAAGAUUAGCAAGUCACAGAGUAGGGCGGAAGAAGUCAUUGAUUUGGAUGACAUCUCUGGGAGGUUUGAAAGGCUCCGAACUGAUUGAAGCUUGUCAAUCAGUUUCUACAAUGGAAAGCAUGCAUCCUUGGUAUGGUACAUCAACUUUUUUCCCCCCUUUAAUAUAUAGAAAAGCAAUGGUUGAAACCCUAAAUACUUCUGUUAUCAAUUUUUUUUUCCUGUAAAACUAAGCGGCUUGUUACACAAAAAAUUGGCAUGUAUUUUAAUUAACCACAUGCCCCAACUGCUGAUGAUGCACUAGGCAGCAUUUUUGCACCAUCUACACAUUCAGAUGUAGAUAUUGGAAUAUCUUGUUCCUAGUAGAUGGAGUACACAUUACAUUCUUGUAUAGAUACUUGUAUGCCUUUCUAUGAAAUCAAUGAAAAGAUCCAAAUCCCUUUCAUUCUGA